AUGUGUUUCAUCAACACAUCAGACACCUGGCGACAACGCAAAAGCCAUUCUAACUUUUAUCAUUCCACUUCUCGAAUCCCACGGAUUGGUCCUCUUUGUCGAUCCACAAUUACUCACAAUUAUAGCUCUCGUGGGAAGUGGAGGAGCUCAUUUGAUGGGUUUUUGGGAGUGCUUAUUGAAGCUCCUGAACUUCUUGUUAACACUUGUGGGUCUGGCAAUGGUGGUGAGUUAGUGCAGCUUGGCCGCCCGAUGCUCAUGGCUGUGUCUUUAGCUGAUAGCAUUUUCGAUAAACUCCCCAAAGCUUGGUUCAUAUAUUCUUUUAUUGGCAUUGGUGUAAUACUUUUUGUCAUUUCCUGUUGUGGGUGCAUUGGAACAGCUGCACGAAAUGGAUGCUGCCUGACUUGCUAUGCUGUGCUGCUGAUCUUGUUGAUCUUGAUUGAACUGGGAUUAGCUGCUUUUAUAUUCUUUGACAAAAACUGGAGAGAGGAAAUUCCAACUGACAAAACCAGAAAUUUUGAUAUGAUGUAUGAGUUUCUGGAGAAGCACUGGAAAAUUAUCAAGUGGGUUGCUCUCGGUGUUGUUGUAUUGGAGGCUCUUGUAUUUUUGUUAGCACUUGUUGUAAGGGCUGCCAACAGACCAGCAGAUUAUGAUAGUGACGAUGAGUAUAUAAGUGGCCCCAGGCAACAGAUCCGGCAGCCUUUGAUCAAUAACAGGUCAACAGUUACCGCCACAGGUGUGCCUGUUACUGGUACCCUUGAUCAUCUUCCAAGUAGGAGUGAUGCUUGGAGCACGCGUAUGAGGGAAAAGUAUGGGCUUGAUACUUCAGAAUUCACAUACAAUCCAUCCGAGUCGAACAGGUACCAGCAAGCUGUCCCACAAUCAUCAGAGGAAAGGAGCCGUUGCACCAUAAUGUGA